GAGGGACCGGGUUGUACUCAUUGCUGAUGCAACAUUCUAGAGUCAUGUCUCCACUUCUACUAUUCAGUCUCCUGGCGCUCUCCACCGUUCCUGGUGGCGACUCAGCAAACCUCAGCUUACAACGGUCGCCGCUAGAUGUCACUCAACUCUCAAGAGCCAAAGUCCGGACAAAACGCUCUUUAGUGGCCUCAACUGUCAUUGACGAGCACGGCAAUCCUGUUUUUCUUCACUCUAACGGCGCCUCCGGCAAGCGCACCAUCGUCAACCCAUUUGUGACGUCACACAAACUCGUGACGUCACGAAGAAAAGUGACGUCACGUGACAGGCCGACACGCAGUCAAUCGUUUAGAACGCAGACUCAGAAACUACGCAGGAGGCAUUUGUCCGGUGUCCAAAGUCCUCGACAGACCCUACACGGUAGUCGCGGUUUCGCGACGGUACGUGGUAACCGAUACGACAUUCGGCCCGACCAGGGAGUCGUGCCGCACAACCGCUGGCAGGUGCGCGCCAAUCACCAUCACCGAUACAACGCGGCAACCAAUCAGCGUCGCCGGUACAGCGCGCCGGCCAAUCAGCGCGGCCGGUACAGCGCGCCGACCAAUCAUGUGAAUCGGCAGACGACACAGAGCCAGCAGCCGUGGCGCGUCGUGACCAAUCAGGGAACUUCAGGUUCACAGGGCCACCAUAGUUCAGGGGGCGUCGGGGGCGCCAGCCACAGUUCCGGGGGCGCACCCCACAGUUCCGGUGGCGCCACUCACAGUUCCGGGGGCACUGGCAGCACGGGCGCGUUUGUCACGAACGCCCUCACAACAGAGGCGCCCAUUCCCGACGAGCAUCGAUCGGAAUAUGAACAUGGUCUGGAGCCGCAUAUGCCGCUGAACGCUGGAAAAAUGGCGACGUUUCUGAUCAAAAAGUCGACCCAGAAAAGGCCAUAUUUGGACCGCACCAAGGGGCUCGGCACACUGCACACCAGUCGUGUUGGUCAGUGCCCGGUGGUGGACCAGUCGCGGUGUCCCCCUCUGCCCAGCGGGCCCCUGCCCCCGUCCUGCAGCAACGACUACCAGUGUCACGAGCCCACCACUAAGUGCUGCUACGACCCUUGUCUCACAGUCAGCAAGUGCGUUCGGCCCGUCGGAAGGUGAUGAAAUUUGGCCCUUGUCGCCCUAUCGCCAGAAAGACAUUGUUUUAUGGAGGAGAGGUAAUAUGUAUUGCUGUUGCAAAAAAUAUUCCGUGUUUUAUUUGGUAAGGUUACUCUUGCCAUUCGAAAGUGAGGCCUUGCGCGAUAUUAAAGCCUCAUUUGAGUUGAAAACGUUAAGUUUUACAAAUAAAUCGAUGAAGUCAUUUAUCGCUCACGAUAAGUCUGAUGUUAGAAAUCCAUUUAUCGAGUCGUUAAUCUCUAGUGUUAGAGGUGACCGAUGUUUCCGUUAUUAUGUGUACUGAGUGUUACAAAUGAUGGAAGACGUUAUUUUUUUACAUUUUCUUCAAUGAACGUGCUAGAAAAGUGUUUCCGUUAUCGUAUGAAUUUUUAAAUUACUUUGUUAUUUGUUUCCGUUCCGACUUGUGUGAUCUGUUUGGUAAGAUAUUGCUAUUUGAAUGUCAUUGUGCAAAGAAAUUAUUCGCGUUGUUGCUGUGGUAGGUAAUAGGUAUUGCUAGGUAUUGCAUUGCCACUCCAUGGUGGACUGUGCAUCAUCGUUUUGUUUUUGCCACAGCUUCGUCACAUCACUAAAGAAGAAAGAAAUAUCACCUUUUUGACACGAUCUGAUCUCAGAUCAAUCAUUUCUUACUAAUCAA